GGGCGGGCGGCCGCGGCGUCAGUCCGCGCGCGCUCUCGCCAUGGCUCGGUGGCUGAAGGCCCUGGCGGCGCUGCUGCUGCUCGCCGCCGCCGCGACCGCGCGCAAGUCGCCCGCCGCCCCAAAACACGAACCCCAGAUCGAGGAGGUCACCGCGAAACAGUUGGAGCGUGUGCUGGAGGAUAAGGACUUCGUCGCGGUGUACUGGUAUGCAAGAAGCUGUGUGACAUGCGACAAGGUGUUGGAGGAGUUAGAGAAGAUAGACGACGACACGGACACCUUCGGAGUGGACUUCGUAAAAAUCAACGACAAGCGGCUCGCGAAGCAGUAUGGCAUCACGAAAUUCCCCGCCCUCACGUACUUCCGUGAGAAGGAACCGAUUAUUUACGAAGGAGAUCUCAUGGACGAAGAGAGCGUCCUGGAUUUCUUGACGAGUUUAGAAGCAAUGGACCUUCCUGACCGAAUAGAAGAAGUCAACCAGAAGAUCCUCUCUAAGAUCAUCGAGGAUACAAACUACGUUGCUGUUCUUUUCUGUCCUGAUCACAAAAGUUGCGGCCCGUCAAACAAUAAGCCCGAAUGCAAAAAAUGUGCUAAAGCUCUCCAAGAGCUGGAAAAUAUUGAUGAUGAGGCUGAUCAGCUCGGAAUUGGCUUCGUAAAGAUCCACGACGAGGAACUAGCCGAAGAGUACAGUCUUGGAGAUUUGCCAAGACUCGUGUACUACAGGCAUCAAAUACCUAUUAUCUAUGAAGGUGAGCUAAGCAGAGAAGAAGAUGUGCUGGAAUGGUUGAUUGCAAACAAGUCAACUGGUGAUGAGGAAGAUGUCAUAGAGGAUGUUACGGCCAAGACUCUCAACACUCUUAUUGGGAACGUGGACAAUCUUGUAGUUCUCUUCUACGAUCACGGCGAUGAAGAUUCUAUGACUGUUUUGGGAGAGUUAGAAAAGAUAGAUGAUGAUUGUGAUCGUCACGGUAUACAAUUCGUCAAAAUCGAUGACCAGAAGGCGGCGGAAGCUUUCGGCAUUGAUGACGUGCCGUCCAUUGUCUACUUUGAAAAGCAGAUCCCAAACGUUUAUGAUGGAAAUUUGGAAAAUGAGGAAGAAAUCUUAGAGUGGCUAGUAGAACAACUUGAAAAAGAUGAAAUUGAGGAUGUUACCGAUGAAAUGCUUGACCGUCUCAUCAAGGAUGGAAAGACCGUUGCUGUGUUGUUUUAUGACAACAAUGAUAGAAAAUCUCAGAAAGUAUUAGCUGAACUGGAAAAUAUUGACGAUGAAUGUGAUCAACUUGGUAUUGCGUUUGUAAAAAUUGAUAAUAACGAAGAAGCAAAAGAAUAUGGUAUAGAAAAAGUUCCAACAUUAUUAUACUUUGAAAAAGGUAUUCCUACGUACUAUGAAGGUAACCUGGAAGAUGAAGAAAAAGUUCUUGAAUGGCUUCGAUACCAGUCUGAGAGUGACGAAAUUGAAGACAUUACAGAUGAAAUGCUCGAUUUGAUUAUCGAAAAAAUGCCGUAUGUCGCUGUGCUGUUCUACGACAAAGACCAAAAAAAGAGUCAGAAAAUAUUAUCAGAGUUAGAAAAUAUUGACGAUGAAUGUGAUCAAAAUGACAUUGCCUUUGUGAAGAUUGAUGAUGAUUCUGAAGCCAAAGAAUAUGGAAUUGAAACUAUUCCAACGAUGGUAUUCUUUGAAAAGGGCAUUCCUCAUAUCUACGAAGGUGAUUUGAUGAAGGAGGAUGAACUGUUGGGAUGGUUGCUUCAUCAAAAACGUCAUAGUGAAAUACCUGAAGUAACAGAUGAAAUGAUGGAUAAACUAAUUGAUUCAACACCAUACUUGGCUGUAAUAUUUUAUGACAAAGAUGAUAAACAAGAUAUUAGAAUCCUUAAUGAACUGGAAAACAUUGAUGACGAAUUAGAGAAAGAAGGUAUUGUAAUAGUAAGAAUGGAUAACGAGGCAGAAGCAAAAGAAUUUGGUAUUGAUCAUCUACCCACCCUAGUGUAUUUCGAAGAAAAUAUUCCAGCAAUUUAUGAAGGAGAUCUAAUGAAUGAAGACGAAGUACUAGAAUGGCUAAUAGAACAAAAGAACAGUGCCACUAUUGAGGAAGUUACAGAUGAAAUCUUAAGUGAUCUUAUUGAAGAACAUGAAUAUGUAGUAGUUUAUUUCAGUGGCAAAUGUGAAGAGGGUGAAGAAUGUGAUAAUAUUUUAGAGGAACUAGAAAAUAUAGAUGACGAACUUGAUGAGACUGGUAUUAUCUUUGUCACUACUGAAGACAUAUCUCUAGCUAAAAAAUAUGGAAUUAAGACCUUCCCUUCCCUCGUAUUCUUCAGAAAUAAAGAUCCACUAAUAUAUAAAGGCGAUAUUGAAGAUGAAGACGAAGUCCUGUCCUGGUUGACAGAUGAAGAUACUCUGGAAAUUCCUGGAAAAAUUGAAGAAGUCAAUUCAAAAAUGUUAGAAAAAAUUUUAGAAGAGAACGAUCAUAUUGUUGUCUUCUUCUAUAAGGAAGGCGAUAAAAAGUCCCAAAAAAUUUUGAGCGAAUUAGAAAAUAUUGAUGAUGAAUGUGAGGAGAAAGAUAUUGAUUUCGUGAAGACAUCCGAUGAAGGAGUUGAUAAAGAAUAUGAUCUGCCAGACUUACCAGCUUUAGCCUUUUAUAGACACAAGUUUAGAACAAUUUACGAUGGUGAUCUAAUGCACGAGGAGGCUAUUCUAAAGUGGGUUUUAGAUCUUCACGAUUCUCAACCGGAUGUCAUAGAAAGUGUUGAUAGAAAAACAUUAAAAGAUCUCAUUGAUGAUGUAGAACACUUGGCUGUAUUUUUCUAUAGUGAAGAUUGCGAUACCUGUGAUGAAAUCUUGGACGAAUUAGAAACCAUUGAUGAUGAUACAGAUAAACAUGGCAUUCAGUUUGUUAAAUCGAAGGAUUCUAAAUUGGCGUCUGAUAUUGGGAUUUUCAGUUUUCCAGCUUUGGUUUACUAUGAAACUGGUGUGCCUAUUAUGUAUGAUGGAAACCUAUUGGACGAAUCAGAGGUAUUAGAUUGGAUGGUCAAACAAAAAGAAGAUGAGAGUAUUGAAGAAAUAAAUAGAGAUAAAUUAUUCAAAUACAUCGAAACAAAGGAAUUUCUGGCUGUUGUUUUCUAUAAAGAAGAGGAUCCUGCUAGUCCCCGAGUACUACGGCACGUUGAAUUGAUAGACGAUGAAGCUGCUGAAUAUGGAAUAAAGAUCGUAAAAUGUAGUGAUCGUUUGAUGGCAAAAAAAUAUGGUUUUCGCAACCCACCUGGCAUUACUUACUUUAGAAAAGGCAAAUAUAUCAAUUAUGAUGGCGAUAUAGAUGAUGAAGAGGAAAUUUUAGACUGGUUAACUAAUCCAGAAAAUAUGGAACUCACAGAUCAUAUUGAGAAAGUUAAUAAGAAAAUGUUUCAGAAAAUAAGACAAACGUCGGACUACGUUGCAGUUUUCUUUUACAGUAAUGACUGCAAACAGUGUCCUAGAGUAUUGGCCGAGAUUGAACAUAUUGAUGACGAUGCCGAUGGAGCUGGUAUCAACUUCGUAAAGAUCGAUGACCGACAAAUGGCCAAAGAGUAUGGAGUAUUUGCCCUUCCCGCUGUUUUGUUUUUCAAGAUGGGAUCCAAAGAUCCCGUCAUAUAUGCAGGUGAUUUGUAUGACGAACAACAAUUACUAAGUUGGCUACUUACACAAAAAAAUCCAGCUGGUGAUGUCAUAGAAGCACUUGAAGGACAAGAUUUGAUCGACUUAAUUGAGGAAUCCAAUUCUCUUGCCGUUUAUUUUUGGAAUAAAACGUUGUGCGAAAUUUGUAAUUCAAAGGCAUUGAGAAAAUCAUUGAAAAAGAAAGAGAGAGACCAUGACGACGAAGAUGGACAAGAUCAAGAGGAUGGAUCUGAAUGUGAGCAAUGUGCUGGGAUUUUAGAAGAAUUGGAAAAUAUUGAUGAUGAUUGUGAUAGGCAUGGGAUAAAAUUUGUCAAAACACAAGAUUACUCUAUUGCUGAAUCAUACGGAGUAACGGAUUUCCCAGUACUUGUUUAUUUUGAACAAAAUAUACCAAAUGUAUAUGAAGGAUCGCUAGCAGAAGAAGAAGAAGUUUUACAAUGGCUGAUAACUCAAAAAACUGAAGAUCGCAUUGAACUCAUAACUAGAGUUAUGUUAGAAAAAAUGGUAGAGGAAACUCAGUAUUUGGCAGUAUACUUUUAUAAACUUAAUUGUCAUAUUUGCGAUCAUAUAUUGGAAGGAUUGGAGGGUAUUGAUGAUGAAUGCGAUGUUUAUGGUAUUCACAUGGUAAAAAUUCAAGAUCCACAAUUAGCAAAACGAUAUUCCAUUAAAACUUUCCCAGCUAUGGUCUAUUUUAGAAACGGCAAUCCUCUUCUUUUCGAAGGCGAUUUACAAAAUGAAGAGUCAAUACUAGAAUGGCUUAUUGACGAUGAUAAUCGAGAACUGGCUGAUGAAAUUGAAUCGGUUAAUGAGAGGAUGUUGGAAAGAUUGCUGUAUGAGUCGCACUUACUUGUCGUAUUCUUCUAUGACGAUGAGGACUGUCCAGAGUGUGAAGAGAUUCUUGAAUCAUUAGAACAAAUUGAUGGAGAAGUUGAUCAAUAUGGCAUCGAUUUUGUAAAAAUAGCUAGUCCGGAAGCAGCAGCGAAAUAUAAUGUAGUAAAUAUACCAUCGCUUUUGUAUUUUCGCAAACAAGUACCGAUGUUGUAUGAUGGGGACUUACAUCAAGUAGACAGAAUAUUACAAUGGUUAACUUCUCAGGACGUUUUUGAAAUUAAAAAUGAAAUUGAAGAAGUUAACAGGAAAAUGUUAGAUAAACUUCUGGAAGAGAAUGAAUUCUUAGCUGUUUAUUUCUAUGAAAAAUCAGUUGAGAGUCGAAUAGUAUUGGACAAAUUAGAAAAUAUUGAUAGUGAAACUGAUAAUUUGGAUAUUACAUUUGUAAAAAUGCAGGAUCCGCGAUACGCUAGGAAAUGGGGGGUUACCAAAUUACCUGCUAUUGUAUACUUUAGGAAAAGAUUCCCAAGUAUAUACCGAGGUGACUUAAUGUCCGAGGAAGAAGUAUUGGAGUGGCUACGAAAGAACAGAUUUAGACAACCUGAACUCAAUAUCUUUAUGUAUGCAUUAAUAGCGCUUUCAAUAGCGUUUGUAAUGUAUACAGCAUUCUUGCUUCAGUGUUUCAAACCGUCACCACCUGCGCCAACGCCACAUCCAAAGCAAGCGUGAGACGAUUACAGACAUUCAAAGAGUCUUUACUGUAAUUUAAACUUUAUUAUUUUGAUUCAAUAGAGCCUUGGGAGGCUUUGAUUAAGAAUUUGACUUCGACGUUAUUAUCAGUGAAUCCAUGUUGAUCUAGGUAUACAUUGAUCAAUUAGUUCAUAGCGAAUCUUUGAUUUUAUCGAUAGAUCAAAACUUAGUCAAUUACAUGUUCUUGGGAUCAACUUUACUUUGAUAGAGAUUUUAGAAUACAGCCCUAAAAUAAGACGAGAAUGCUUAUAAAUAAUUUGUGAAGAGCAGACCGUUGAAUGUACUUUUUACUUUGUUUUAUUUAGAUAUUAUAAUAAUGUGCCCCCUUUUGUUAUAAAAACAAAUAUUUCUCUGAAAUUAUAACAUAACUGACAACUAAUGUUACUUUUUAUUAAUGGCAUUUUAAACAUACUGUUUACUAUAUUUAAGACUGUACUAUCUUCUCGAUAGAAAUAUCUAUAUAGAUCUUUAGUGUGGAGUGUACAGUUUUCCAGUAUAUUUAUAACAUAAAACAAUACUGUUUGGUAAUCUGCACCAUUGCUGCCUUCUUUUAGUAUUAAAUGACAUAUAUAUGUUAUUGUCUGUUAGGAUUCGUUGAGCCUUUGUUAAGUUUGUGUUUGGGUUUUUGGAGCUCUUGAACAAAGUUGCCCAAGCAAAAUUUUCAUAUUAUUUAUUAAGACACAAUAAAUUCAAAUUUUUCUAAGUUUAAUCAAUAAUGCUGCAACUAUUACUGUGCAUAAUAAUUGUUUCAAAUAGAUUAUCUAUACUCCGUACGUUUAUUAAUAGUGGUUUUGUUCUGGAGCUCUGUUUUUGAGUGGUUGACCAAAGGGCGGGAUCUGGACUGACGCCCGCGUGUUCCUACGGUACUUUGCUGGUGUCUUUAUCCAAGUGUUAAUAUACUCUGUAAACAGCUAUGACUGCAUUAAGUACGUACAAACAGAUGUAUGUUAACUGCGUCCAAUAACGCUUAGUUGAUAUAGCUAUUCUUAUGGCUUCAUUGUCACUAGACUUUUUUUUUAUUUUAAUCUCCAUUCAGUUCGGAAAGAAACUAAUGUCUAUAUUAAAUAAAAAAAUAUUCUGCUCGUGAUUUCUGUUACUACGUAGGUAUUCAUGCAAGCAUGUUUUGACUAAAGAGAUUAAUUAAUGUUUGGUACAUUUGUUUUUUAGCAGAAAAUUUAUUCUUGGCCUUUCGGAAGUAUUUACAAAAUUAUUAAGCAUGGCUUUUCAACUUCAAAACUAGAAGAUUGUUCCAUAUUUUUUGUGUCUACUAAGCGAUAUCUUCGCCAACUAUGGACUGAUUUGCAUAAUUCUUUUUUGGCAAUCGUUAGUGGAGUUUUUUUUUUUUUAGUAAAGAUCGUAGUUGUUUAUAGCCUCUCGAUUUAUGAUACCACAUCAUUAUUUGUUAUUUCGUCUCCUUAUUCGAAAUUUGAAUACCCCGCUCUAAAAAAAAGUACCUACCUAUUUUAAUAAUAGUUUCAGACUAUAAAUAGAUGCCCUUUAUUAUUAUAAAGGGCAUUCCCUUAUGUAUUCCUUUACAUAUGUAGGUUUUUAAUCUUCGAUUUUUGUUCCACACAGGUUGUUGCCUCUUCACCUUGCUUCGUAAUAUGCUGUUUCUUGUCUAUGUAUGUUACGUGAUUUUAUCUUUCUUUGAAACAAUAAAGUGUUUUCAUUCCUCAUUCAUUACUUUAUUAAUAUAAACUAAGUUUGCGUUCUCAGUACCGUAGUAACAUGCCUGAUAUACUAUGUAUCAUUCCCGCUCGCAAAUAAUGUAUAUUAUUGUGUAUAAUUAUAAUGAUACCUUCAUAAUGGAACGGUAAGGAAAAUAUGAAGCAGAAAUAAGUAAAUGCUCAAAUGAGUUGCAAAUGCGCUGAGACACGCGCGCAUUCGCCGUCAUUACUCUUGUAUAUAAAAUGUAAAUAUUAAAAAAUAAAAAUAGUAAAAUUCUGUA